AAUUAAUUAUUUCACAAUACUAACAUUUUGUAUAAAUGAAAAAUGAACGUAAACAUAAAAAACAACUGCUAACAAAAAAACAUUAAGACACUUGAUAUACAUUUUAUGUAUAAACACAUUUGUUAUGAUAAUAAAUAUGUCAAAAGAAAUAAAUUAGCGCGGAUCAAAAUCUAGUUUAAUUUUAUAAUAAAUCACCUAGAAUCUUUCUAACCGACCAAGCUUGAUCGGGUUAGAGUAAAGGUGUUUUUAAAAUCUCUUAAGUUUUACUUUUAUGUAAUUACGCGUUAGAAGAGUCCAUUGUCGAUCUGAUUGACUCUUUUUUUGGAGCAAUUGGUUGACUCAUAUCUACAUCAUUCAAUCAAAAAACCAAUAAUAAUUUACAUAUAAAACAUUGACCAAAAAUGGUAUUUAUAGUUUAAAUAAGAUAAUGGAGAGGGGGAUGAUUCAUGAUUGUAUGGGCUAACAUAAUAAAUGGUAAUUUUCAAAAAAAAAAAAAACAUAAAAUAUGGUGGAAGUUUUAGUGGUGAACAUCACAACUUCAGUGCAAGAAAGAACAUCCUUCAAGAUAUUGUUAUUAUAUAUGGCUUGGAAUGAUCAAGAAAAUUUAGAGGUUUGACUAGUUAAGCAAAAGAAAAUAUAUGAAAUGAUCAUGUAUGUCACGAUGAUUACAAGUCGGAUCAAACCCAAUCUCUCUUCACAUGUCUCUCCUCUGUAUAUAUACUACACUAAGAUGUACAUCUCUUACAAUUCCAUGAGAAAUAAAACCAAUUCAAAGAGUUCGUCGGGAAAAACUAAAAGAACAUGACGACGAACAUGACACCUUCCAUAACCAUCUUUCUAAUUUUCCUCGGUCUACUUCGGAUCGAUUCAUUUCCCGGUUUAGAAACAGCGACCGGAACAGCAGCUUCGGUUCCAGCAGUAUACGUGUUAGGAGAUUCGUUGGUUGAUGCCGGAAACAAUAAUUACUUAGCAAUCUCUAUAUCCAAAACUAAUUAUCCUCAUAACGGCGUCGAUUUUCCUGGCAGUAUAGCCACAGGAAGGUUCUGUAAUGGCAAAAACGCCGCUGAUGCCAUCGCUGAGAAAUUUGGUCUACCGUUACCCCCUCCGUAUCUCUCACUGAAAGGCAUAUUUAAAGAGGAAGAGAGAAAAGCCGCCGCCUUGAGCGGUGUGAAUUUUGCUUCCGGUGGAGCUGGCAUCUUCAACGGUUCCGAUCAGCAACUUAGACAAUCUAUUCCUUUAUCAUACCAAGUGAACAAUUGGCUUUCCAUUCAUAAAGAACUCAUGAAUCAGCUUGAUCCAUCGGAAGCACAAAUCCACCUAUCCAAAUCUCUAUUCUUCGUGGUUAUAGGCAGCAACGAUAUUUUUGACUAUUUUGGAUCGUUUAAACUUCGACAAAAGACCAAUCCUCAACAAUAUACACAAUCAAUGGCUGAUAAACUCAAAGAGCAAUUGAAGACUUCACGAUAUACUGGAGCACGUAGAUUCCUAAUUAUAGGUGUAGCACAGAUUGGUUGCACACCUGGACAACGUGCGAAGAACUUAAUGCAUGAAUGCGACGAAGAGGCAAAUACGUGGGGUUCUUUGUACAACGAAGCUCUAGUAAAGAUGCUACAACAACUCAAAGAAGAGUUGGGAAGCUCAAUGACUUAUUCUUACUUUGAUAACUUCAAUUCCCUCCAUGACAUUGUCACCAACCCUGCCCGUUACGGUUUUGCUGACGUGAAAUCAGCGUGUUGUGGAAGAGGGGAAUUAAACGCGCAGUUACCUUGUUCGCUUGUGUCAAACUUAUGUUCAGACAGAACCAAAUAUCUCUUCUGGGAUCUCUACGGGCAUCCCACUGAAGCUGCUGCUCGAACCAUUGUCGAUCUUAUGUUAUCUGAUGAUUCACAAUACUCAUCUCCUUUAACUCUCACUCAACUGGUCUCUUCAUGAUCACUACGGCUUCGCUUUCGAAAUAUAAAAUCACCAGACCUGAUUUGUAAUCAAGUAUACGGAAUAAAUCUGUCAGCAAUGAAAUAAACUUUAUUAUUUACUAACGUUUCUCUCAUUUUUAACGAAAAUAUUUAUUUUUGUUCAA